UGCAGGCCAGGCGCACCGGGUUGAAAGUUUUCGUGCGUGCGAGUGGGGCCCCUCACAGAGUUGCGCCGAGCAGACGGCACAGACUUUCUCCGAAGAAGAGUCAGCGAGAUGAAGAGCAGCGCCAGGCCGGCACCAUGCGCUCCAGGCUCCCACGGACCGCCUGCCUACUGCGACUUACCGCGCUCUGCAUCCUCCUCUCGCACACCGCAGCUUAUUUUGGGCUGACAGGUCGGGAACCCUUGGUGUUUUUACCUGGUCCGUUUUCCAAUGAACCUCCGACAGGAAAGGCCCACUUGAAGCAGUGCGAGCAGAUGCCUCUGACCAGGCGGCAGAAGAGGCUCUGUCGCCGGGAGCCUGGUUUGGCGGAGACGCUGCGGGAGUCGGUGCGCCUCAGCCUCCUGGAGUGUCGCUACCAGUUCAGAAGUGAGCGCUGGAACUGCAGCCUGGAGGGACGAGGCAGUCUUUUGAAAAGAGCUUUCAAGGAGACCGCCUUCCUCCUGGCAGUGUCCUCUGCAGCAUUGACCCAUGCACUCGCCAAAGCUUGCAGCUCAGGCCGAAUGGAGAGGUGCACGUGCGACGACUCCCCAGGCAUCCAGCAUCGGGAAGCAUGGCAGUGGGGGGUCUGUGGUGACAACCUGAAAUACAGCACCAAGUUUCUGAAGAAGUUCCUCGGCCAGAAGAUGGUCAGCAGGGACAUGAGGGCUCAGGUGGAUGCCCACAACAUCAACGUUGGAGUUCGGGCGGUGAGGAGCGGCCUGAAAACAACCUGCAAGUGCCACGGCGUCUCAGGCUCGUGCGCCCUACGGACUUGUUGGAAGCAGCUGUCGCCUUUCCACGACACUGGGCGACUGCUGAAGUAUCGCUAUGACUCGGCAGUGCGGGUGCUAAGCGUCACCAACGUGGCCACGGGGGAGACGGAGCUCACAGGGCCCCGUCGUCACGGCCAGAGCCUCCGCACUACUGACCUGGUCUACCUGGAGGAAUCCCCCAGCUUCUGCAGGCCCUCCCGCUACUCUCCGGGCACGGGCGGCCGGUCGUGCGUCAAAGACACCAGCUGUCAGAGCAUGUGCUGUGGCCGGGGUUACAACACUGCCAUGCAUCUCACCAGCCUGUCCUGCCACUGCCAGGUGCGCUGGUGCUGCCACGUGGAGUGCCAGACGUGCGUGAGAGAGGAGGAGGUGUACACCUGCAAAACUGCAUAGAUAUAGUGAGUCUGAAGACAUACAGGGGAGUCAGUGAGGGACACAGAGUUCAUCAUCUGACAUAUCAACCCUGACUGCAGAGUAACCUCCUGUAGACAAUAAACUGCUCUGGUUACACAUCAGUGUCUUUGCUGAGCUCCACUUUUGAGUUUUCUUUGUUUUUGGGAGGAAUGUAAAACGCUUCUAACAUUAUAAAAUGUAUUUGCUAAUCAUCAUCGAUCUGAUAUGCACCCGCUCACGGUAGUUGAGGAUGUUUUCAAACUACUCUGCUCUCCUCUCAAUGGAUGCACUGAUAAUACCCGCUCUCCUGGGACAGAGGGAAACAAGCUCUUAGAAACAGGUACUGGCCUGAACUGGACGCCACCACCAGUACAACGUCGAGCUCUGACACUUUGACCUUGUUGUAUUGUAUUUUUGUAAUUACCCACUUUCUGUUGACUAUUUAUUGUAUCAGUUGUACUGCUGCUUUAUACUUUAACCUUGUUUUAUUUUUUAUAACCCAGAGUUGCCACUAAGGCUAUGCACGGCCUGAAAAGGAAUCUACCUGUCUGUCUCUCUCUGUCUGCUGUGUUCUAGUGGAGAACGUGUAUGGGUUAUUUUCUGAGUAAAAAAAGCACUUAAGUUGCUCUGUCUGCGUUUGAUUCAAAGUGUAAAGUCGAUCAAAUAAGUUAGAGAAAAAUGUUUAGGUCUAAAUAUAUGUAUAAAUACAACUACUGGAAGUUUUAAAGCCACUGAUAUGCAUUGUAACUACAUGUUAUUGUGUUAAGAAACAAGCUGGGUUUCAGUUGCUCUUAUGGAAAUGUCUAUGGAAAUCUUUUCAUGUGGUCUAAUGUGUGCUCAGCAGAACAAAGGGAAAUACCCGGCGUAGUAAUGAGGGAAACACCAAACACAAAACUCCUGCAAACAAGAAUGAAACACUUAGUUUGUGAACAGACCAGCUCUCCUCUUCCCCCUUCUAUUUAUAGAGUCACACACUCUACAAUACUUUCAUGUUUUAAAUGCCCUGAUUGAACCAUUUUGGUCUUCAGAGUCUAAUUUGGCCACAUCUUUGUUCUCGGCGCCUUUUGAACUGGGCUCAUUUCUCUUCAUUUUCUCAAAUAGCUAAUCAAAGAAAAUCACCCAGUUACAUCCACAACGUGUUCAUGUGUGUGGGGUCAAACGUUUAAUUUUUAUUGGCCAGUUUAUGUUUAGCUUAAGCGAUUCUGAACUGUAUAUAUGAUAUGAAUAUAAGUCAUGUCAGGGCUUUAGGCGUAACACAAUGUGGAAUCGUAAUUUUCUACCUCACUUCAUCUUUUGGCAAAUAUCUGUAAGAUUAUUGAGCAAUGCUGAGUUUUUCUCUCUGUAGAAACAUGUUCUUUCCUUUGCAUUGUUUUAAAGUUCUGA